AAUCACUGUUAUUAGUAAACAUGGCCUGGAUAACGUUUUUGUAAAUUAAAAGUGAUUUAAUACAAUCAAUACAUCAUACAAAAGAAGGCAUAACAAUGAAUUCCACUCCGGUUGCUUUGAACAAGGCUUCCAUGCGCAAAUAUGAAGAUUUAGAAGUACCAUGUGAAGCGGUGCUUGCAAGCUAUGUGUGGGUAGAUGGAAGCGGUAUCCAUCUACGCUCCAAGGAUCGCACAUUCGAUUUUAUACCUAAAUCCCAUAAAGAUCUGCCCAUUUGGUACUUUGAUGGUAGCAACACGUCUCAGUCCAAUCCAGAGAACUCAGACACGUUUAUCUUCCCUCAAGUGAUUUACCACGAUCCAUUCCGACGUGGAAACCAUAUUCUAGUUUUGGCUGACACCUACCAACACAACUACCAACCUACAACCACGAAUUAUCGUAAGAAUUGUGUCAUGUUGUGUGAAAAAGCUGAAGUAGAAGAGCCGUGGUUUGGUUUCAAUCAAGAGUUUUUUCUUACCACUACUGACGGCCGACCACUUGGGUGGCCACCUGGUGGGUUCCCCGCACCGCCUGGUCCAUACUAUUGUGCUAUAGGGGCUAAUAAAAUCGUAGCCAGAGACUUAAUGGAGGCUUUUUACAGAUGUUGUCUUUAUGCAGGCGUUCAAUUAAAUGGAAUUAAUCCGGGAAGUACUCCAUCACAAUGGAACUUUCAGGUAGGACCCAGUCCUGCUAUUCGAUCAGGCGACGACCUGUGGAUGUCUCGUUACAUUUUAGCCCGUUUGGCUGAAGAAUAUGGUACUGUGGUAACGUUUGAGCCUCAACCAGUGCUAGAUUGGCCGGGAAGCGGCACAUUUGUGUAUUUUUCUUCAAAGGACAUGAGAGAGGAUGACGGUAUACUGGUGAUUGAACGAGCUAUAGACAAAUUGGCUCGACGUCAUGGUGCUCACAUCAACGAGUAUGACGCUAACAAUGGAGCUGACAAUGCCCGCCGUCUCACGGGAAAAAAUGGGAUGCCUCAUAUUAGGGAUUUUACUGCGGGUGUAGCGAACAGAAGUUGCAGUGUUAGGAUUCCUCGACAGGUGUCAGAAGACAAACGAGGGUACCUGGAAGACAGGCGGCCGGCAUCGAACGCAGACCCCUAUCGAGUUAUAUCCAUCAUGUUGAGAACGUGUAUAUUUGAUGAAUAGUAUAAAUUUGUUGUAUAAUUAAUUUGU